CGAUCUCAAGGGACAGUCAGAGAGCUGUGCUGAGCGCUGAACUUGAGACCGUGUCUCAGUCACGUCUCAAGUCCCUCUCACUUUUCUUCAUAUUAUUCCCAUGCUCUAAUCAGUUUACUUUGACACAAAGCCUUCGGAUUACGCUGAAGAUAAAAAAGUAUCCUGAAUUUCCCUCCGAGUUGCAUGAGAGACUGCGCAAUAGAGGAACGCUGAACUGAAUUCAACAUGUCAAUUUUACCGUUCACUCCGCCGAUCGUCAAGCGGUUGCUGGGAUGGAAGAAGGGAGAGCAGAACGGACAGGAGGAGAAAUGGUGCGAAAAGGCCGUUAAGAGUCUAGUGAAGAAGCUGAAGAAGACGGGACAGCUGGACGAGCUGGAGAAAGCCAUCACAACUCAGGAUGUCAACACCAAGUGUAUCACAAUACCACGAUCUCUAGACGGUCGAUUGCAAGUAUCUCAUAGGAAAGGUCUCCCUCACGUCAUCUACUGUCGUCUGUGGCGCUGGCCAGAUCUGCAGUCUCAUCAUGAGCUCAGAGCCAUUGAACUCUGUGAGUUUGCCUUUCACAUGAAGAAGGACGAGGUCUGUGUCAAUCCCUACCACUAUCAGCGGGUCGAGACACCAGUUCUUCCUCCAGUGCUGGUGCCUCGACACACUGAAAUCCCCAGUGAGUUUCCUCCUCUGGAUGACUACAGUCACUCCAUCCCAGAAAACACCAUAUUCCCCGCCGGCAUCGAACCCCAGAGCAACUACAUACCAGAGACGCCACCUCCAGGCUACAUCAGUGAGGAUGGAGAAACCAGUGAUCAUCAGAUGAACCGGAGCAUGGACACAGGGUCUCCAAACCUGUCACCGAACCCUGUGUCUCCAGCCCACAACAAUUUAGAUCUACAGCCAGUGACAUACUGUGAACCAGCGUUUUGGUGCUCCAUUUCCUACUACGAAUUGAACCAGCGAGUAGGAGAAACUUUCCAUGCCUCACAGCCCUCUUUAACAGUAGAUGGCUUCACAGACCCGUCCAACUCAGAGCGUUUCUGUCUCGGCCUACUGUCCAAUGUGAACCGAAACGCUGCUGUGGAGCUCACACGCAGACACAUUGGCCGGGGUGUGCGUUUGUAUUACAUAGGAGGUGAAGUGUUUGCAGAGUGUCUAAGUGACAGCGCCAUUUUUGUUCAGAGUCCCAACUGCAAUCAGCGUUACGGCUGGCACCCCGCCACUGUUUGCAAGAUCCCACCUGGCUGUAAUCUGAAGAUCUUUAAUAAUCAGGAGUUUGCAGCCCUGUUGGCCCAGUCUGUGAAUCAGGGCUUUGAGGCCGUAUACCAGCUCACACGCAUGUGCACCAUUCGCAUGAGCUUUGUCAAGGGCUGGGGAGCCGAGUACAGGCGACAGACAGUGACUAGCACCCCCUGCUGGAUAGAGCUGCACCUAAACGGGCCUCUGCAGUGGCUGGACAAAGUACUCACUCAGAUGGGCUCCCCCUCCAUCCGCUGCUCCAGUGUGUCAUAGAGAAAAAAAAGACUGCACAAACUCAACAUAUACAAACCACCAGAUCUGAAAAAAGAUCCUUCAGGACUCAAAGGCUGGAGAUUACAGACUCGGUAGCACUUUCACAUGUGUUUGUUUCAAUGUUGGAGGAGUGUAUUAUUACAGUAUGUGUACAUACUCGUUUUUAUGUUAUUGUUAGCCAUUUUUAUUGCCAUGAAAUAUUGCCAUUUAUGAUAUAAUUUGUUAUAUAGCAUGUCUAUGUAAGAUAUCUCUUCUCUGUCAUGUCUUUUAUGAUGCUGUUAUGUUAGGUUUACCAUAACAGGGGCUUAUUUUUAUAGGCGUGAUGAAAAGUGCUUUUUUUGAAAAUGUAGAUAAGUUGUUUUUCCAAAUCUCUGUUAAACUGUGUUUUUGAUGUUUUAUCAAAACAACACAAAUCUGGCCCAUUUUAUAAUGUUAUCUAAUACAUAUCAAGAGUUUGCCAUUCUUCUUGAAGGGAUAGUUCAGAUAAAAAUGAACAUUUUUAACUCAUUUGCUCACACUCGAGUGGUUCAACUUUUAGGAUUUUUUUUUCUCCUUCCCCCAAGAAUGUUGGGGAAAAGCAGCCUUUGACAUUCAUCGUACAAACACAAAAUACUAUAAGAGUCAGGAGCUGUUUUUUCCCCCCUGUAUUCUUCAGUUUGUCUUCCUGUGUGUUCAACAGAAGCUAGAAACUCGAACAAGUUGAGAAUGAGUAAACAAUGACAGAACUUUAAUUUUUGCGUGAACUGUCCUUUUAAAAAAGACAGAAAGAUGGAAAGUCUUUUACUUUUUUCUUCUUUUUUUUAUUCUGUUCAAACAUUGAAUCUCCAAAUUAAAAUCUAAUACAUAUUAAGAGUUUGACAUCCUUCUUGAAGGGAUAGUUUACAUAAAAAGUCAAAUUUCCAGCUUAUUUAUGCACACUCGAGAGGUUCUAAACGUUUCUGUAUUUCUUUUUUCUAUUGAACACAAAACAAGAUAUUCUGAAGAAUGUUGGGGGAAAAGCAGCCCUUGACCUUCAUCAUACAAUUAAAAAAUACUAUAAAAGUCAACAGCUGUUUCUUUCCUACAUUCUUCAGUAUAUCUUCUCAUGUGUUCAACAGAAGCAAGAAACUCAAACAGGUUUGGAUCAAGUGGAGAAUGAGUAAACAAUGACAGAAGUUACAUUUUUGGGUGAGCUGUCCCUUUAAGAAAGAAAGAAUGAAUGAAUGAAUGUCUUUGUCCUUGAUCUUUUUUUGGAAUUCUCUUCAAACAUUGAAUCCCCAAAUUAAUAUCUAAUACAUACCAAGAGUAAUGUAACUUCUUUACUCAGACUUGAGUGGUUCUAAACUUUUAUAAAUUUUUUCUUCUGUUGAACACAAAACAAGAUAUUUUGUAGAAUGUUGAGGGAAAACAACAUUUACAUCCAUAGUACAAACAAAAAAUACUAUAAAAGUCAACAGCUGUUUCUUUCCUACAUUCUUUAGUAUAUCUUCGUGUGUGUUCAAAAGAAGCAGUAAACAAUGACAGAAGUAUGUCAGAGUAAACAAUGACAGAAGUUUAAUUAUUGGCUGUCCCUUAAAGGAAGAAAAAGAAAGAAAGAAAGUCUUCGACUCCUUUCUCUUUGUUAGAAUUUUGUUCAAACAUUGAAUCCCCAAAUUAAUAUGGCUGAUCAAGUUGUCCCACAAUGUUAAAUGUUGAUAUCCACAUUUGUCCUAGGCACUUAACCAUGCCUUCCAGCACUUCAGUCACUACACAGAAUACUGUAUAACAAACUUCAUGUGCACGCACAACAGUUUAUGUCACACUUGUGAAUGUGUUAUCUCUGUUAUGUUUGUUGAAGAGAGGCUUUUGUCAUUAUGCUGAAGCUCUUCCUGCUGCAGUUUUCCAGCUCCACAUGUACUGUAUGUGUGCAGGUUGUGUGAGGAUGUUAUAACUGUUCUGGCCGUCCUCUGGGGGUAUUUUCUUCUGGUUUAGUGUUGAGCUCAACUUUGUCUCCAUUGACCCGGCCAUCUUUUCAGUGUAACAGGAGUGAAUGACUGUGAACUACUCUAUUAUGGAGUCUCACGGGUUCAUCACUUUGUGUUGUCGUACUUUCAUGCUUUUCAAAUGAAGCAGAUGAGAAGCUCUUCAAGGUCUGGCGAGGUCUCCCAUUUGUCCUCUCCAUGUAGUGGCAGAUUCUGAAAACUCUGCACCAAGACGUUCACGGUCAUCUGUGUCCGCUUACCAGCGAGUCUUCAUGUCCUCCCCCAGAAAUGAAACUGAGUGAGUGUGCCUUUGCAUCAUCUUUUCAUAACAGAGUUUGUAAAUAAUAUAUUUCUACACAGGCGAUUAUGCAUCAGGGCUGUACAUUAAUGCUUGUCCUCUUCAAGAUCUUGAUCUGACCAAUAGGAAAAAGGAUUACUGGCAAUACCCAAAACAGAAGAUAACAUAUUUGGUUAAUGCACUGUGACAGUAGCUUUUUAAUAUCUUUCAAAAAUAUGUAAUGUUAGACAGAGUCAUAAUAUAUACAUGCUUUACAAUAAACUACUGUACUUUUUAUCCAUUACUUUGCUUACUGGUCUAGCAGUGUCUUGCUCUCUCUCUUGGGUAAAUGUUGUAGAAUUGACUUUAAACUACAAGAGAGAAAUAUUUUUACACCCAAUUUGAAAUUGUUCUCUUUCUACCUCCCUCCUUCCCUCUAUCUUUGGGCAUUGAACUUUUUUACUU